CGAUGCGAAGUGAAAAACGGUACAGUGAGAUCAAAAGGAGUGCGAGGCAAGAAAGGAAUUCCAAAUCGUAGCUGUCAACUUCACCAAAUUCGGCUAUUUAGCACUUGGAAAACAUCCCGAAACUCCGUUUCCCCAGCAGCUUAGCAAACAUUACCGUCGGCUGAACACAGGUAUAGUGCAGGUUGUGACGGCGAGACGGCAGAAAGCGGGAAAUUUGCAAUAGUUUUUUCUUCGACUUCUCACCUUCUCACUGUGUGUGUUGUGGCCACAAUUAAGCUGCUGCUUGUUGUGUGUAUUGUGUUUUGAAUGACCAGUUGCAUCGGCGGAAGGUACGAUGGCCCUCUAGGUGGAAUGCAUUGCGAUUAUAUACCAUUGACGCAGCAGCAGCAGCAGCAUUUGUACGUUGGAGGCGGAGGAGGAGGAAUGCCGAAAAAGUCGGAACCGGGUGAGAUUACUGGUCCGAGUAGCCGUAGUAAGAAGAUGAAUAAGCUGGAGGUCGGUGGAGGACCAGGACAGCAACAAGGAGGACCAGUACCAGGAGGAGACAACGAUUUGAUGAGUAGUUUUGGCCUCAAAGCGGAAGACGGCUCCUCGAUGAUGAAAGGUGGUCCCCCUGUGAACGGACCAGGGCAAAUCAAAACUUCGGAUGCGUGUAGUAUAAACAGCAGUGUCGCAAACAGUGGACCAGGUAUUGAUACGAUGUCGAAGGGAGGGCCAGUGGGAGGUCCCGAUGGGCAUCCGGAACAAGGCAAAAUGAACCACGGCAUACCUGGGAUGAUGUCGAACAAACCGUCAAACAAAUUGGAAUACACACAGCAACAGAGCCAGAUAUUUGUAUUCAGUACGGCGUUGGCAAAUAAAGGAGCGGAAGCGGUAAUGAAUGGACACUUCAGCUCGAUUAUAGCAUAUCAUUGUGCACAGAUGCAGAAACAGCAUCGUUUGGGUCCUUGCGGUCCAGAUGAUGGAGUUGGAGGAGCGCUGUCGCCGUGGAUGGAUCACGGACACGGUUCGCCUGAUCAUCAUAUGAGAAUGAAUGCAGGUUCGAUGCCUGGAGGACCUCCGGAUGGCGUGAAAAAGUCUGCUACGAUUCAUCACACUCCGAACUCCUGUCUGGAGAAUGACAAUUCUGUGCCAAUGUUUGGAAAUGAACAUCACAUGAGGAUGGGUCCGGGACCAGAUGGUCCAGGUCCGAUGGGGAAUAAAAAACCAGCUACCAUCCAUCACACUCCAAAUCCUUGCAUGGACCAGGAUGGAUCACUUUCUAUGUACCCAAACGAUGGACACCACAUGCGAAUGCAAGGACCCGACGGGAUGUCGAAACCUUCCACGAUUCAUCAUACACCGAAUUCGUGUUUAGAUGGCCCGGAUCAUCAGUCGGGGGACCACCCUGGUGGACCGGGUGGUCAUCCUCCGAUUAAAAUGGAAAAUCCAUCUCCAGGUGGUCCAGGUCCCGGUCCCGGACCAGGCAGUAGUGGUCACUCGAGCUCGACAAUCAUCGAUCAGAUGAAUUCUUUGGUAGCCUCAUUGCCAUUGAUGAAAGGUGGCAACGUUUUAUCUCAAUCGAGGGGACAUCCGCAGCCUUCCUUACAGGGCGUGAAAGUUCCCGAUGAAAACCUCACGCCACAACAACGACAGCAUCGGGAGCAACAGUUAGCCACAAUUCGACAGAUGCAGAAAAUGUUCUUUCCCGAGCAACGAGGCAUGAUGGAUCCCCAUGGGAUGGGAAUGAGACCACAGUUUCGGGGUGGAAUGCCCGGACCAGAUUUUGGAGGGCCACCAAAUCGGCCCCUCAAUCCAGCAUUUAUGAACACACCACUGGGUGCAAACGGUCCAAUGGGCCCGGACGGUCCUGGACCAGGUAUGAUCAACGAACAGAUUCCCCCAAUGCAAUACAAUAAGCCGGGCAUGAUGAACCCUGGAAUGUACAUGGGAGGUCCAGGUGGUGGACCAAUGGGACAAAUGGGAGGCCCAAUGGGCCCAGGUGGCGGUGGUGGCCCAAUGGGACCUGGAGGACCGAUGGGUCCAAUGGGUCAUGUUGGCCCGAUGAAUCGUAUGUACAAACCCGACCCAGAUCCAAUAUUUCCACCGAUGAGCGAAAUGGGUGGUGGAUACAACGGUAUGAGCAAUCACGGUGGUUCCGGACCCGGUCCGGGUAUGUUUAAUCCUGGAAUGCAGCGUAUGGGGGUUCCUGGUGGACCCGGCCCUGGAGGUCCUAAUAUGAUGCCGAAAAUGUCAGACCAAGGUGGCCCUCUGCCUCACUCACCACUGGUUGACGACGAUCCCCUCAAAGGUGGACCCCAUCAAAUGAUGCUUCCGAAUGCACCCCCGCAGCAACCUGGCACACCGGGAUCGAACGGUCCCGGCAGCAAUGGAACGCCCAAUCCCCAAGGUGCUCAAAAUCCAACGAACGGUAAACCUAAAGAGCAGUCUGUGUCCCCGGAACAUCACCAUCAGCAACAGCAGCAGCAGCAACAGGGUGGACCCGGCAGCCAGCAGGGACCGCUGACACCUCAAACACCCCAGGGAGGUCAACCGACGCCGGGCGGAGGAGGAGGACCCCUUACACCCCAGACGUCAAUGGCGAACACCUAGAGGUGAGUUUUCUCCACAUGGCCCAUGUAUAACUCGAAACUGAAUUAAUUUUGCAAUCUGCCUUAUGACAAAACAAAUACAUUAUAUGAAAUUGACAAAAUAAAACCGGUUACAAAAAUAAACAGAUCGAGGAUCGAAACGAAAGUAAAAUUGGAAAAAGUAACGACCGCUGUUUUACGAGAGUGCAAGAGUUCUGUGUAGAAUAGAAAAAAAUGGAACGCUAAAACAGAUGAUUGAAUGGGAACCGAAAUAGUUAAGCAAACAAAUAUGUUUAGGCAAUACACACAAACAAGCAAAAAAUAAUGUGUACGUGUAGGCUUAUGUUUUGCUCUGUCUAGAGACGGAGCGAGAUUCCGUUGAAUCCAGACGAAGGGCAAAAUAAAAAAAAAACAAUAAGAUUGCGUAGCGCGGCGUUCGAAGCUGGUCUUGAUUUGGUUGAAAAAAUCACACACUUGCGUUCUCUUACGUUGUUUUUGUUUCUGUUCUCCAAGUGCAGUGUUUUCAAUUACAUAUAGAACUAACACAGAACAGUAAGGGUAACAAUUAACAGUUGAAUAAAAAGUGUAAUAAUUUUA